AUGGCUAGUAACAACAACCCACAUGAUAAUCUCUCCGAUCAGUCUCCGUCCGACGAUUUCUUCGAGCAGAUACUCGGGAUUUCAAACUUCUCUGCAUCAUCCGGUUCUGGGCUUUCUGGACUAGCCGGAGGAUUAAGCGGCGUCGGUCCACCGCCGAUGAUGCUUCAGCUCGGUUCCGGCGACGAGGGGAAUCAUAAUCAUAUGGGAGCCAUUGGAGGAGGUGGACCUUUAGGGUUUCAUAAUCAGAUGUUUCCGUUGGGAUUAAGCCUCGAUCAAGGGAAAGGACAUGGGUUUCUUAAACCCGAAGGUGUUCAUGGAAGUGGGAAACGUUUCCAAGAUGAUGUUGUUGAUAAUCGAUGUUCCUCCAUGAAACCUGUGUACCAUGGGCAGCCAAUGUCACAGCCGGCUCCACCAAUGCCGCAUCAACAAUCUUCAAUCCGACCUAGAGUUAGGGCUCGGCGAGGCCAGGCCACCGAUCCACAUAGCAUCGCUGAGCGACUGCGUAGGGAAAGGAUAGCAGAACGGAUCAGGGCGUUACAGGAACUCGUACCUACUGUGAACAAGACUGAUAGGGCUGCUAUGAUCGAUGAGAUUGUCGAUUAUGUAAAGUUCCUCAGGCUCCAAGUUAAGGUCCUGAGCAUGAGCCGUCUUGGUGGAGCCGGUGCUGUUGCUCCACUAGUCACGGAAAUGCCAUUGUCUUCAUCAAUUGAGGAUGAGACGCAAGCCGUGUGGGAGAAAUGGUCAAACGAUGGGACCGAGCGGCAAGUGGCUAAGCUGAUGGAAGAAAACGUUGGAGCAGCGAUGCAGCUUCUGCAAUCAAAGGCACUUUGCAUAAUGCCAAUCUCAUUGGCUAUGGCGAUUUACCAUUCUCAGCCACCAGACACAUCUUCUUCAAUCGUCAAACCAGAGAUGAAUCCUCCACCCUAG